GCUAGGCGACGAGCAAACCCUUCCUGGGUAGACUCGCAGGCGGGGACAUUGGUUCCGAAUCCAACGGAACCCAGCGCCGGGCGACGCUAGGUCACGUGGCCGGAGGCCCCAUGACGUUCGGGCUGCGGGGCGUCACCGUGACGUCCUGGAGACCUGUCGGGUGGCCUCGUUACCUCCGCCACCUGUGCAGCCUCGGCGCCGUCAUGGACCUGGGACCGAUGCGCAAGAGCUACCGGGGGGACCGGGAGGCAUUUGAGGAGGCUCAUCUGGCUUCCCUGGACCCCAUGAAGCAGUUCGCCGCAUGGUUUGAGGAGGCUGUUCAGUGUCCUGACAUAGGGGAAGCCAAUGCCAUGUGUCUGGCGACCUGCACCAGAGAUGGGAAGCCCUCCGCCCGCAUGCUGCUGCUGAAGGGCUUUGGCAAGGAUGGCUUCCGCUUCUUCACUAACUUCGAGAGCCGAAAGGGAAGAGAGCUGGAUUCAAAUCCCUUUGCUUCCCUUGUCUUCUACUGGGAGCCCCUGAACCGUCAGGUGCGUGUGGAGGGCUCCGUGAAGAAGCUGCCUGAGGAGGAGGCCAAGUGCUACUUCCACUCCCGCCCCAAGAGCAGCCAGAUUGGGGCAGUGGUCAGUCAGCAGAGUUCUGUGAUCCCAGACCGGGAGUAUCUGAGAAAGAAAAAUGAGGAACUGGAGCAGCUCUACCAGACACAAGAGGUGCCGAAGCCAACUUACUGGGGUGGCUACAUCCUGUACCCACAGGUGAUGGAGUUCUGGCAAGGCCAAACCAACCGCCUGCAUGACCGGAUUGUCUUUCGCCGGGCCCUGCCCACAGGAGACUCUGCUGUGGGGCCCAUGACCCGCCGCGGGGAGGAAGACUGGCUCUAUGAGAGACUUGCGCCCUGACUCCCAACUGCUGUGCCUGGAGCUGGGCCUGGUGCUCAGAGAGGGUGUGGGAUCUGGCCCCAGGCCCUUCUGAGCCCAACCCUUUCCCACCCGGCCCCAUAUAUGUGGCUCUUUGGGGUUCAUUCCGAGCUCCUGUACCCCAUUACGUGGGCUAAUGGGGUGUCACAGUGUUAGAGCCACAAAUGGAAAAUAAUCCCCAGUAACUUUUUCGCGUGAGUGACUAGGGUUUACUGGACUAGCAUCUCUAGGGGUCCAGCUGCGGUGAGUGUCUCUUCUGUUGACUCCGGUGGGUUCUCAGCAGCAGGUUACCACGUGACCUGGCUGCGCUGGCCACAGCCAAGCAAUCCCAGCAUAACACAUCUAACCGAUUGAUUCUCAACAAUUUGAACUUUUGAGAUGGAGAGACCCAGAGCCUGGAGUUAUUGUGGCCAAUCACUCAUGACUCACUGAUGACGGACAAGGAGCAAUAGCCUCUGGCUGCCAUUCUUACAAUUCCUUAAACAUCCUUCUCGCCCACAUCUGGGCUGUGCAAGUCCUCUCCCUGGUUCAAAGCAUCCUCUCUCUCUAAAAUGAAAUGCAUUUUGACCUAAACUAGCCAGAAUCACAUCCUGUUGCAUGUAACUGAAAGAGCUAUAACUAACUCGUUGACUAAUCAAAUAUUGUAAUAGCGCGUAUCCUACUGAUAGCUGCCUUCCAUUAGCUGAAGCCUAACAAUGUGGAAAGGAACUUGCAUUUAUUCUCUUUAGCUCCAAGGACCUCUCAGUAGAAGAUGCAUAGAUGUAGAUUUUAUCUCAACCAGCCAGGAGUUUUUGUGUGGGUACCUCCAGGCCCAGAAGAUUUAAUCAAGCUCUACUGCCCAUAUUUGUUUAAGACAGUUACAUGUGUAUAUGCACAUACAUCACUUUCUGAGUGUAAAAUGAAGUUACAGCGACGAUGCCUCUGCCUACGCUCUCAUUCCCUGCCCUGCCCCACUCCCCACCUCUGCAGCUGAUGACUCCAGAUCACUCCUUUUCAACUACACCGGCAUUUCCUGGGGAGCUUUAAAAACCCUGGCGCCUGGGCCCUUCCCUCAGAGAUGCUUUUGCCCCUCUCAGGACAGCCUGGGCUCUUAGAGGCACCCGGGGGUUCAGUGCAGUGAAUGCUGAGUGCUGGCCUCUCUAUGCGCCACAGCCAGGGGCGUCAGCACCGCCUGCCCCAGGUCCACUGACCCCUGUUCUGCUUCUGACAAGACCUCAGAGACCAGAUGCACUUCUCAGCCUCUGCGACUCCCCUCCCCACACCUGGGUUCUCUGCCAACCCUCAGCUGAGGUUAUGCUGAACUGCUUGCCUCCCCUGAGCACAAAUCUGGACCAGAGGCCGCUGGGGUGGGCAGCUACAGGCUGCAGAGGGGGCCAGGCUGGGCCAGUGUUUGCUGUGACCAAGCCAGGACCUGAUCUGACUCACUAUUCUGUAAACCCCGCUUCCUUCCACUGUGGGGCUCUGUUGCAGUGGCUCUGAGACUGACAGGCUCCUCCAAGGGUUGAUGAACCCCCCCCCCCAAAGCCUGAGUUCAGGAAAGCGAAAUGUUAACCCUGUGGCUGCCCGCAGGAGAGAAUGCAGGUGUCCCCUGCCUUACUGGAGACUGUGGACCCCCUCCCUCCCCUCACCCCUGCUUUGAGCCCUGGCUCAGCUGGUUCUUUCUGCCAUCAAUCACUGUGCCAAGUCUGUAAUAAAAGGCUAUCAGCCAUGUGUGA